UGUCAAUCUUUCUUUCUUCUUAGUGGGAAAGAGAACUAGUUUAGCAUCAACAUCAUCUUAAUCACCGUCGUCGUCGUCACCUGAGCGGAGCGGACGUGAUUAAAGCACCAUGUUGACGCUCCUAACUUCCAUGUACCUGGUAGCGCGGUCCUUUUCCUCGCAGGCGGAUCCCAUCCGAGUUGUUGUGACUGGUGCAGCCGGCCAAAUCGCCUACUCACUGCUGUACGGCAUCGCGAAGGGCGACGUCUUUGGGAAGGAGCAGCCUAUCAUCCUGGUGUUGUUGGACAUCCCACCCAUGCUGCCAGUGCUGGAUGGUGUGGUCAUGGAGCUUCAGGACUGCGCCCUUCCGCUGCUGAGGGAGGUGAUCCCCACUGAUAACGUGGAGGUUGGCUUCAAGGACAUCGAUGCAGCCAUCCUAGUGGGCUCCAUGCCCAGGAAGGAGGGCAUGGAGAGGAAGGACCUCCUCAAGGCCAACGUGGCCAUUUUCAAGACGCAGGGUGCCGCCCUGGACAAGUUUGCCAAGAAGACAGUCAAGGUGCUUGUAGUGGGCAACCCGGCCAACACCAACUGCCUCAUCGCCUCUAAGUCGGCACCAUCCAUCCCCAAGGAGAACUUCUCCUGCCUGACCCGGCUGGAUCACAACCGCGCAGCUUCGCAGGUGGCACUGCGCUGCGGCGUGGCCUCGGAUAAAGUGAAGAAUGUCAUCAUCUGGGGAAACCACUCUUCCACGCAGUACCCAGACGUCCACCACGCCAAGGUCAAUGUCCACGGUGCCGAGGCGGCAGUGUAUGACUGCGUCAAGGAUGACGCCUGGCUCAGGGGAGCCUUUAUCUCGACUGUGCAGCAGCGCGGCGCCGCUGUAAUCAAGGCCAGGAAACUCUCCAGUGCCAUGUCAGCCGCCAAAGCCAUCUGCGACCACAUGAGGGACAUUUGGUUCGGCACCAAAGAGGGUGAGUUUGUAUCCAUGGGCGUGUACGCCGGAGGAAACUCAUACGGAAUCCCAGAAGACCUCAUCUACUCUUUCCCAGUCCAGAUCAAAAACAAGACCUGGAAGGUGGUGGAUGGCCUCAACAUCAACGACUUCUCUCGGGCCAAAAUGGACGCCACCGCGGCCGAGCUAGUGGAGGAGCGGGACACCGCCCUGGACUUCCUUUCUUAGUUACUGGGACCAGUCAUCCCUGCUCGCCUCCGCAGCGCUUGGCUAUGAAGACCACGUUUCCGCUCCCACCUGCACUAUAUGUGUGUGUGUGUGUGUGCGUGCAUGUAGGUUGUUUGUGUUGUACUCAGACCUUUCAAAGCUGUCAAUCCUCACAACCUGGUAUUGGUAGAAAUAUUCAUAAACAACAAAACAAUAAUAAACCAUCAAAUUUAACCGAA